GUGGAUGAAGAAACCCCGUUGCGGAGUGCCCGAUAAGUUUGGGCCGAUCCUGAAGACCAACCUGAGGAGGAGGAAGCGCUUCGCCAUCCAGGGCCUGAAGUGGAGCCAGCCCGAGAUCACCUUCAGUAUCCAGAACUACACCCCGAAGGUGGGGGAAUACGAGACCAAGCGUGCGAUCCGGCGAGCGAUCGGAGUCUGGGAUAAGCUGACCCCGCUGAGAUUCCGGGAGAUCCCGUAUUACCAGAUCCAAUCCGGAGCCCAGACCUACGCCGACAUCAUGAUCUACUUUGCCGAGGGUUUCCACGGCGACAGCACCCCCUUCGAUGGGGUGGGGGGCUUCCUGGCACACGCCUUCUUCCCCGGGCCCGGAAUUGGGGGUGAUACCCACUUCGACGCAGCGGAGCCCUGGACCAUCAACAACCAGGAGCUGAUGGGUGAGCGCGCGGAGCCCCGGGAAUAUCCGGGAAUGUCAGAGUCAUCCGCGUGUCCCCGUGUCUGCCCGGGAAUGUCCGUCCCCGUCUCUGCCCGGGAAUGUCCGUCCCCGUGUCUGCCCGGGAAUGUCCGUCCCCGUCCCCGUGUCUGCCCUCUGCCCGGGAAUGUCCGUCCCCGUCCCCGUGUCUGCCCGGGAAUGUCCGUCCCCGUCCCCGUGUCUGCCCGGGAAUGUCCGUGUCCGUCCCCGUCUCUGCCCAGGAAUGUCCGUCCCCGUCUCUGCCCGGGAAUGUCCGAGUCCGUCCCCGUGUGUGCCCGGGAAUGUCAGUGUCCGUCCCCGUGUGUGCCCGGGAAUGUCAGUGUCCGUCCCCGUGUCUGCCCGGGAAUGUCCGUGUCUGUCCCCGUGUGUGCCCGGGAAUGUCAGUGUCCGUCCCCGUGUGCCGUGUGUGCCCGGGAAUGUCAGUGUCCGUCCCCGUGUGUGCCCGGGAAU